AUGGUGCCUGCAUUUAUGACCAGUUGUUCUGGCGUGAUCAAUCGGUGGGAAAGCUCAAUUGGUGUUCAAGGAUCAUAUGAAAUAGAUGUGGCACCAGAGUUUCAAAAUCUUGGUGGUGAUGUUAUAGCUCGAACCGCCUUUGGAAGCAGCUUUGAAGAAGGGAAGAAGAUACUUGAACUUCAAAAGAAGCAAGUUGCUUUAGUAUUUGAAGCCUAUUAUAGUUUCUAUUUCCCAGGUUUAAGAUUCAUACCCACUAAAAAGAACAAGAUGAGGUACAACUUGGACAAUGAAAUCAAAACAAUAUUAAGGGGUAUGAUUAGCAGAAAAGAGCUAACCAUGGAAAAUGGUGAAGUGGGUUCCAAUGAUUUGCUGGGUUUACUCUUACAGUGCAAAGAACAAGAGCAAAACGGCAUGACAAUUGAGGAUGUGAUAGAAGAGUGCAAGCUCUUCUACUUUGAUGGCCAAGAGACCACAGCCCACUGGCUCACUUGGGCUAUGAUUGUCCAUGCAUCCAAGCUGGCAAGAGAAAGUAAGAGAAAGUCCCACGUAUCAAUGAUAUUAAAUGAAGUUCUGAGGUUAUAUCCAACUUUGCCUGUUCUAUAUUGGCACACCCAAAAGAAAACCAAUAUAGGAGGGCUUUCCAUCCCAGCUGGGGUUGAAUUUAUGUUGCUGACUCUGUUUCUCCAAUAUGAUCCAAAAUACUGGGGUGAGCAGGUUGAGGAAUUCAACCCAGAGAGAUUUGCUGAAGGAGCCGCCAAGGCAUCAAAGGAUGAAUUUGCAUUCUAUCCAUUUGGUUGGGGCCCUAGAAUUUGUUUGGGCCAAACUUUUGCUGUGAUAGAAGAAGCAAAGAUGGCUCUGGCUAUGAUUCUUCAACAUUUCUCUUUUGAGCUCUCACCCUCUUACAUUCAUGCUCCCAUCAUGGGCAUGACCCUUCGGAGCCCCAAUUAUACUUCACAGAAUUUAAGAUGA